UAACAGAAGGCCACAGAACCCUGACGAGCCGUAUGGACCCAGCAGAUGGACAGAAAGACCAGAAUUUCCACAUGGCCCCAACGAACCACCACGAAAGCCAGGAAGACCACAAGGCGCACCGCAACUCCCCGGACGUCCCGAAGAGCCCAACGGACCUUAUGGAAGACCUGAGGAACCACGAUAUCCACUUGGUCCUUGGGGAGGAACACAGCGUCCAGAAGAACCAAAUUGGCCUUACGGAACUCCGCAAGAACCAGGCUGGCCGCAACGUCCCGAGGGACCCCAGGAACCGAACGGUCCAUUCGGAACACCUCAAUGGCCUGGACAGCCGCGGGGUCCCGAGGAAAGACCACGGCGCCCUGGAGGACCAAUUGGGCCGACCGGAACUCCACAAGAACCAGGUGAACCACAAUAUCCCGGAGAACCUCAAGGUCCGGGCAGUCCGUUUGGCACACCUGAACGGCCAGGACAGCCACAGGGUCCGGAAGGAACACCACGGCGCCCAGGAGAACCAAGUGGGCCGAUCGAAAGUCCAGAACAACCAGGUGGACCACAAUAUCCUGGACAACCUCAAGGACCAGGCGGUCCGUUUGGCACACCCGAACAGCCAGGACAGCCGCAGGGUCCCGAAGGAAUACCACAGCGGCCAGGAGAACCAACUGGGCCGACCGGAACACCAGAUCAACCAGGUGGACCGCAAUAUCCCGGACAACCUGAAGGACCGCACGGUCCGGAAGGAACACCACGGCGGCCAGGAGAACCAAGUGGGCCGACCGGAACUCCAGAACAACCAGGUGGCCCGCGAUAUCCCGGACAACCUCAAGGACCGCACGGUCCGGAAGGAACACCACGGCGGCCAGCAGAACCAAGUGGGCCGACCGGAACUCCAGAACAACCAGGUGGACCGCAAUAUCCCGGACAACCUCAAGGACCGCACGGUCCGGAAGGAACACCACGGCGGCCAGCAGAACCAAGUGGGCCGACUGGAACUCCAGAACAACCAGGUGUACCGCAAUAUCCCGAACAACCUCAAGGGCCGCACGGUCCGGAACGAACACCACGGCGGCCAGGAGAACCAAGUGGGCCGACCGGAACUCCAGAACAACCAGCUGGACCGCAAUAUCCCAGAGGACCUCAAGAACCGAACGGUCCGUAUGGAACACCUGAACGGCCAGGACAGCCGCAGGGUCCCGAAGGAAUACCACGGCGCCCAGGAGAACCAACUGGGCCGACCGGAACUCCAGAACAACCAGGUGAACCGCAAUAUCCCGGACAACCUAAAGGACCGCACGGUCCGAUUGGAGCACCCGAACAGCCAGGACAGCCGCAGGGCCCCGAAGGAAUACCACAGCGGCCAGGAGAACCAACUGGGCCGACUGGAACUCCAGAACAACCACGUGGACCGCAAUAUCCCGGACAACCUCAAGGACCACACGGUCCGGAAGGAACACCACGGCGGCCAGGAGAACCAAGUGGGCCGACCGGAACUCCAGAACAACCACGUGGACCGCAAUAUCCCGGACAACCUCAAGAACCGCACGGUCCGAUUGGAGCACCCGAACAGCCAGGACAGCCGCAGGGCCCCGAAGGAAUACCACACCGGCCAGGAGAACCAACUGGGCCGACUGGAACUCCAGAACAACCACGUGGACCGCAAUAUCCCGGACGACCUCAAGGACCGCACGGUCCGGAAGGAACACCACGGCGGCCAGGAGAACCAAGUGGGCCGACCGGAACUCCAGAACAACCACGUGGACCGCAAUAUCCCGGACAACCUCAAGGACCGGGCGGUCCGUUUGGCACACCCGAACAGCCAGGACAGCCGCAGGGUCCCGAAGGAAUACCACAGCGGCCAGGAGAACCAACUGGGCCGACCGGAACUCCAGAACAACCACGUGGACCGCAAUAUCCCGGACACCCUCAAGGACCGCACGGUCCGGAAGGAACACCACGGCGGCCAGGAGAACCAAGUGGGCCGACCGGAACCCCAGAACAACCAGCUGAACCGCAAUAUCCCAGAGGACCUCAAGAACCGAACGGUCCGUUUGGAACACCUGAACGGCCAGGGCAGCCGAAGGGUCCCGAAGGAAUACCACGGCGGCCAGCAGAACCAACUGGGCCGACCGAAACUCCAGAACAACCAGGUGGACCGCACGGUCCGAUUGGAGCACCCGAACAGCCAGGACAGCCGCAGGGCCCCGAAGGAAUACCACAGCGGCCAGGAGAACCAACUGGGCCGACUGGAACUCCAGAACAACCACGUGGACCGCAAUAUCCCGGACAACCUCAAGGACCGCACGGUCCGGAAGGAACACCACGGCGGCCAGGAGAACCAAUUGGGCCGACCGGAACUCCAGAACAACCACGUGGACCGCAAUAUCCCGGACAACCUCAAGGACCGGGCGGUCCGUUUGGCACACCCGAACAGCCAGGACAGCCGCAGGGUCCCGAAGGAAUACCACAGCGGCCAGGAGAACCAACUGGGCCGACCGGAACUCCAGAACAACCACGUGGACCGCAAUAUCCCGGACAACCUCAAGGACCGCACGGUCCGGAAGGAACACCACGGAGGCCAGGAGAACCAAGUGGGCCGACCGGAACUCCAGAACAACCACGUGGACCGCAAUAUCCCGGACAACCUCAAGGACCGGGCGGUCCGUUUGGCACACCCGAACAGCCAGGACAGCCGCAGGGUCCCGAAGGAAUACCACAGCGGCCAGGAGAACCAACUGGGCCGACCGGAACUCCAGAACAACCACGUGGACCGCAAUAUCCCGGACACCCUCAAGGACCGCACGGUCCGGAAGGAACACCACGGAAGCCAGGAGAACCAAGUGGGCCGACCGGAACCCCAGAACAACCAGCUGAACCGCAAUAUCCCAGAGGACCUCAAGAACCGAACGGUCCGUUUGGAACACCUGAACGGCCAGGACAGCCGAAGGGUCCCGAAGGAAUACCACGGCGGCCAGCAGAACCAACUGGGCCGACCGGAACUCCAGAACAACCAGGUGUACCGCAAUAUCCCAGAGGACCUCAAGAACCGAACGGUCCGUUUGGAACACCUGAACGGCCAGGACAGCCGCAGGGUCCAGAAGGAAUACCACGGCGGCCAGGAGAACCAACUGGGCCGACCGGAACUCCAGAACAACCAGGUGGACCGCAAUAUCCCGGACAACCUCAAGGACCGCACGGUCCGUUUGGAACACCCGAACAGCCAGGGCAGCCGCAGGGUCCCGAAGGAAUACCACAGCGGCCAGGAGAACCAACUGGGCCGACCGGAACUCCAGAACAACCACGUGGACCGCAAUAUCCCGGACAACCUCAAGGACCGCACGGUCCGUUUGGAACACCUGAACGGCCAGGACUGCCGCACGGUCCGGAAGGAAUACCACGGCGGCCAGGAGAACCAACUGGGCCGACCGGAACUCCAGAACAACCAGGUGGACCGCAAUAUCCCAGAGGACCUCAAGAACCGAACGGCCCGUUUGGAACACCUGAACGGCCAGGACAGCCGCAGGGUCCCGAAGGAAUACCACGGCGGCCAGGAGAACCAACUGGGCCGACCGGAACUCCAGAACAACCACGUGGACCGCAAUAUCCCGGACAACCUCAAGGGCCGCACGGUCCGUUUGGAACACCCGAACAGCCAGGACAGCCGCAGGGUCCCGAAGGAAUACCACAGCGGCCAGGAGAACCAACUGGGCCGACCGGAACUCCAGAACAACCACGUGGACCGCAAUAUCCCGGACAACCUCAAGGACCGCACGGUCCGUUUGGAACACCUGAACGGCCAGGACUGCCGCACGGUCCGGAAGGAAUACCACGGCGGCCAGGAGAACCAACUGGGCCGACCGGAACUCCAGAACAACCAGGUGGACCGCAAUAUCCCAGAGGACCUCAAGAACCGAACGGCCCGUUUGGAACACCUGAACGGCCAGGACAGCCGCAGGGUCCCGAAGGAAUACCACGGCGGCCAGGAGAACCAACUGGGCCGACCGGAACUCCAGAACAACCACGUGGACCGCAAUAUCCCGGACAACCUCAAGGGCCGCACGGUCCGGAAGGAACACCACGGCGGCCAGGAGAACCAACUGGGCCGACCGGAACUCCAGAACAACCAGGUGUACCGCAAUAUCCCGGACAACCUCAAGGGCCGCACGGUCCGGAAGGAACACCACGGCGGCCAGGAGAACCAAGUGGGCCGACCGGAACUCCAGAACAACCAGCUGGACCGCAAUAUCCCAGAGGACCCCAAGAACCGAACGGUCCGUUUGGAACACCUGAAGGGCCAGGACAGCCGCAGGGUCCCGAAGGAAUACCACGGCGGCCAGGAGAACCAACUGGGCCGACCGGAACUCCAGAACAACCAGGUGUACCGCAGUAUCCCGGACAACCUCAAGGGCCGCACGGUCCGGAAGGAACACCACGGCGACCAGGAGAACCAAGUGGGCCGACCGGAACUCCAGAACAACCAGGUGGACCGCAAUAUCCCAGAGGACCUCAAGAACCGCACGGUCCGUUUGGAACACCUGAACGGCCAGGACUGCCGCACGGUCCGGAAGGAAUACCACGGCGGCCAGGAGAACCAACUGGGCCGACCGGAACUCCAGAACAACCAGGUGGACCGCAAUAUCCCAGAGGACCUCAAGAACCGAACGGUCCGUUUGGAACACCUGAACGGCCAGGACAGCCGCAGGGUCCAGAAGGAAUACCACGGCGGCCAGGAGAACCAACUGGGCCGACCGGAACUCCAGAACAACCACGUGGACCGCAAUAUCCCGGACAACCUCAAGGGCCGCACGGUCCGGAAGGAACACCACGGCGGCCAGGAGAACCAAGUGGGCCGACCCGAACUCCAGAACAACCAGCUGGACCGCAAUAUCCCAGAGGACCUCAAGGACCGAACGGUCCGUUUGGAACACCUGAACGGCCAGAACAGCCGCAGGGUCCCGAAGGAAUACCACGGCGCCCAGGAGAACCAAGUGGGCCGACCGGAACUCCAGAACAACCAGGUGGACCGCAAUAUCCCGGACAACCUCAAGGGCCGCACGGUCCGGAAGGAACACCACGGCGGCCAGGAGAACCAAGUGGGCCGAUCGGAACUCCAGAACAACCAGCUGGACCGCAAUAUCCCAGAGGACCUCAAGGGCCGCACGGUCCGGAAGGAACACCACGGCGGCCAGGAGAACCAAGUGGGCCGACCGGAACUCCAGAACAACCAGCUGGACCGCAAUAUCCCAGAGGACCUCAAGAACCGAACGGUCCGUUUGGAACACCUGAACGGCCAGAACAGCCGCACGGUCCGGAAGGAAUACCACGGCGGCCAGGAGAACCAACUGGGCCGACCGGAACUCCAGAACAACCAGGUGGACCGCAAUAUCCCAGAGGACCUCAAGAACCGAACGGUCCGUUUGGAACACCUGAACGGCCAGGACAGCCGCAGGGUCCAGAAGGAAUACCACGGCGGCCAGGAGAACCAACUGGGCCGACCGGAACUCCAGAACAACCACGUGGACCGCAAUAUCCCGGACAACCUCAAGGGCCGCACGGUCCGGAAGGAACACCACGGCGGCCAGGAGAACCAAGUGGGCCGACCGGAACUCCAGAACAACCAGCUGGACCGCAAUAUCCCAGAGGACCUCAAGAACCGAACGGUCCGUUUGGAACACCUGAACGGCCAGAACAGCCGCAGGGUCCCGAAGGAAUACCACGGCGCCCAGGAGAACCAAGUGGGCCGACCGGAACUCCAGAACAACCAGCUGGACCGCAAUAUCCCAGAGGACCUCAAGAACCGAACGGUCCGUUUGGAACACCUGAACGGCCAGAACAGCCGCACGGUCCGGAAGGAAUACCACGGCGGCCAGGAGAACCAACUGGGCCGACCGGAACUCCAGAACAACCAGGUGGACCGCAAUAUCCCAGAGGACCUCAAGAACCGAACGGUCCGUUUGGAACACCUGAACGGCCAGGACAGCCGCAGGGUCCAGAAGGAAUACCACGGCGGCCAGGAGAACCAACUGGGCCGACCGGAACUCCAGAACAACCACGUGGACCGCAAUAUCCCGGACAACCUCAAGGGCCGCACGGUCCGGAAGGAACACCACGGCGGCCAGGAGAACCAAGUGGGCCGACCGGAACUCCAGAACAACCAGCUGGACCGCAAUAUCCCAGAGGACCUCAAGAACCGAACGGUCCGUUUGGAACACCUGAACGGCCAGAACAGCCGCAGGGUCCCGAAGGAAUACCACGGCGCCCAGGAGAACCAAGUGGGCCGACCGGAACUCCAGAACAACCAGGUGGACCGCAAUAUCCCGGACAACCUCAAGGGCCGCACGGUCCGGAAGGAACACCACGGCGGCCAGGAGAACCAAGUGGGCCGAUCGGAACUCCAGAACAACCAGCUGGACCGCAAUAUCCCAGAGGACCUCAAGGGCCGCACGGUCCGGAAGGAACACCACGGCGGCCAGGAGAACCAAGUGGGCCGACCGGAACUCCAGAACAACCAGCUGGACCGCAAUAUCCCAGAGGACCUCAAGAACCGAACGGUCCGUUUGGAACACCUGAACGGCCAGAACAGCCGCAGGGUCCCGAAGGAAUACCACGGCGCCCAGGAGCACCAACUGGGCCGACCGGAACUCCAGAACAACCAGGUGGACCGCAAUAUCCCAGAGGACCUCAAGAACCGAACGGUCCGUUUGGAACACCUGAAGGGCCAGGACAGCCGCAGGGUCCCGAAGGAAUACCACGGCGGCCAGGAGAACCAACUGGGCCGACCGGAACUCCAGAACAACCAGGUGUACCGCAAUAUCCCGGACAACCUCAAGGGCCGCACGGUCCGGAAGGAACACCACGGCGCCCAGGAGAACCAAGUGGGCCGACCGGAACUCCAGAGCAACCAGGUGGACCGCAAUAUCCCAGAGGACCUCAAGAACCGAACGGUCCGUUUGGAACACCUGAACGGCCAGGACAGCCGAAGGGUCCCGAAGGAAUACCACGGCGCCCAGGAGAACCAAGUGGGCCGACCGGAACUCCAGAACAACCAGGUGGACCGCAAUUUCCCAGAGGACCUCAAGGACCGUACGGUCCGUUCGGAACACCUGAACGGCCAGGACAGCCGCAGGGUCCAGAAGGAAUACCACGGCGGCCAGUAGAACCAACUGGGCCGACCGGAAC